CGCACCGCUGCACAUACACGCGCGGAUGACGCGAACACGUCCCUCCGCGAGCGUAUAAGCUUGCUACAGAUCGGGAAAGUUGAGAGACGCGCGCGUUCGGUGCGUAUAGAGGAAUCCGUGCGGUGCAGGUCUCUUAUUGACACAGAUUUCGCGAUGGAUGCGCGCACGCGAGUUUUGCCGAGAGCGCUUGUGCGGAUAAUUGAUGGCGAGCGAUUAGAGAAUGCGUUUAAGACGACGAGAGCGUUGUGGAAUGAUUGAUGGUGCUGGAAGUGUGUACUGAAAUGGAGAUUGAAAACGAGGACUGUUUGUCUUUGUGGGUGGUCGAGUGCAGCGUAUUUGAUGCAUACAUCGUUUUGCGAAACUAAUCGGUGAGCGAUUAAUCGCUUCCCCUACCGCUUGUAGGGUUUCUGCUCUACGAUCUCUGGCCAGUGACGAUAGGUGGCGCAUAGUUUUCCAUUCCCUUAUCACAAUCUGCGAGGGGAAUCCAUAAUAUAUAGCGGUGGACCGCUUAGCUGAAACUGCCUUUUUGGGCCUGCUACCUGAGCCAUCUCUGAUCUCCAGUUUGUAGUUUGUUAGACACGUUAAAAAUUUGUAACGAGUCUUUUAAAAUCUAUUAUAUUCAUAAAAUAUAUGUUGAGUUGAGAAAGUUUGCUGUACUAUUCAAGUAGAUACCGAGUGAAUCAUCAAUUUUCAUCCUCACUCCGUUUGACACGAUUUUUACUUAAGCGUGAAAAUAUAUUACUGGGUUCAGGCAAACACUUAUCUCAAUUAUUCAUAAUUUAUUCGGUAUAAUUUAGCAAAAUUUCUCACAUAAAUUUCAUUCAUCUAUCCAGCAUGUCAUAGAGAAAACUCUAGAAAUUUCUAAAAAAAAAAGUGUCAGACAAUACACGCGCUCCUCAGCGGAUAAUUUAUAGUCAGUCCAGAACCGAUAUGGAAUACUAACGAGCCAGCUUCGGGUCAUGCCAUAUCACCCGUCGCUGCCGGUCUUCAGAUAACUUUGACUUGCAUGCGCUGAAAAACAUAUUCCUAGAAUUGCUUCUUUGGACAAUAUCGAAUGAGCUCCGUAUCUUUGAAAGAAUUCCCUUAUCGGAACUUUUUUUUCUCUGAAACGAAGCUGUUCGACAAGUCCGGAUGAUAAUUGUAACAAACUGUAAUCACGUUGUUCGUGUAAUUAUUCGCAUACUCUGAUGUCGUCGGACGUCAUGAGACUUUGUAACCCCGUUAUUACUAAUUUUGAGCAAAAAAUAAAAUACUUUUCGUCCAACCAGCAUAUCUACAUAUCUCAAGCUUCAUUUCAAACAUCGCGCCGCGCAUUCGCCGUCCCGCUUGCCGCGCAGGCGCGAAAAUAUCGACAUAACCUGACUCAUAUCCAGCUCCGGCGAGCAGACGCCGUCGCGCGGCUCUCCCUCUCCUCUAUUUCUGUACACAGCAGUAUAUCGGAGCCCACAGAGUGGCGCAGAGCCAUCAGAUCGAUCCGCGAGCGACGCCGCCGCUGCCGCCACCCGCGCGCGCACGUAGCGUCCGUAUAAUGUUUUCUCAAUUGUUGUCACUUCGCUCAACGGCGUCGUCUGCUCCGUCUCGAGGAUGAGUACCUAGUCUGCAGAGCAGCAGAAGACCACGACGCUCGCGCGCUGCAGAAGAGGUACUUAUGAGAGGUGUUCAUCGGUGUCGUCCCGAGGAUACGCCCGAUCGGAAAUUUCGAACUCAAGGUGUAAUGCAGCCCGUGAGUUCUUGCUGAAGCAUCGGAUCCGGACCUUAUGAUUUCCAUAAUUCAACAUCUGAUCGCGCGAAAGAGAGAAGAAGUAAGGAAGAAUGGCAACGCUGGCGGGCAGCUCGGCGAGCCUCGGGCGAGCGCCAACCAUGCUCGAGCAGCUUCUCGAAGAAAUCAACUUCCAGCGAACAAAGGAAAUGCGCCAGCUUCUAAAAGAUGAUUCGGGCUUCGUGAUGCUACAGGGCACGACCUACUGGACGGACCUGUUCGUGCGACACUUCCUCUUUCAGGCGGAGCACACGAUAGACGGCGACGACCUGUUGUUCUUCGUGCGCAAGAAGCACGUGAAAACCUCGUCGCGCUACCUGCCCAAGUUCGAGACGGAGGUCGACGUCUUUCGCAAGGACAGCAAGAAGCUGCCGAUAGGCGACCCGGACAUCGACUGGGAGGAGACGGUCUACCUGAACCUCGUCGUGCACCAGUUCGACUACACGCUCACCCUGGCCAUAUGCACAAGGACCAGCCCCAAGGAAUUGCAAGUAUUACGGAGACACUCCCAGAAGGUCUACGCCAGUCCGAGUCGUCGACGGAUGGAUGCCAAGGGCGACCUUGAGGAGAUGACCUACCCGCACAUCUGCUUCAUGGUGGACAACUUCGACGAGGUUUUCUGUGAUAUUCUAGUCAGAGACGGAGAGAUGGUCUGCGUCGAACUGGUCGCCUCGGACAGAGAGGGAACGGUUCAGGGGGUCAUCUUUCUCGGCUCCAUUAGAUACGACGCGCUCAAAAAAGUCUACGAUGCCAGGUCGAGCUUGAGUACAAAAGUGGCGCAGCGAAUGACCUUCGGGCUCUUCUCGGGCGCGACGUCCCAGAGAGUCGAGUUCGUGAGGAUGAAAGGACCCCAAGGCAAGGGUCACGCCGAGAUGGCGGUAACAAAGCCGAAAGGCUCCGGCGCGGAAACGCCGACCUCGGAGCCGGGCUACUGCGCUACGGACGCUCUCUGGGACGCCGAGUGGGACGACGCGGAGGAGCUGUUCAUGUACCGGCAUCAACGCAGGCUCUCGGACCCGAGCGCCAACCUAAACAACUUCGUUCGCGGAGGCUGGCGCACCAAACCCGACGGAGCCGCCACCAAGGCCAGAUCCGAGAACGAGGGCCUCGACUCCAUGGCCAACGGACUCAGCGAAAUCGAAGCCGGGGACGUGAGAGAUGAACUGGACGACGGGGCCUACAAUCCACUGUGGACCAUGCGAGGAUUCACUCAGACCUUCCACUUCUGGAAGGAAACCAAAAGAGCCCAGUCCGUCCCCCUCAACGCCUUCCUUACCUACAUCACUCUGCCAUGGUGGAGCAUAGCCAAAGAUAUUCUAGAUCAUCGAGAAGGUCCCAUAUUGACAUUUUAGCGGAUUUAAGAUCGUACCUUGGAAAUGCGACGACAUUCCUCUACUCUGACUUUGUACACCGACCCCAUCAGAACCGGCGAAUCUUUCUAUAAUAUGUGUACAAACGAGAUUGCUAAGGAAAUUAUGCAAAAAUUUAACUACGUCGAAUUUUUUAAUGUCCCACUGUCUAGUGUGUAUUUUUUUCAUUUUGAGAUAUGUGAUACUGAGAUAUUUAUUAUUAAAAUACAGAAUAAAAGUAUGCAUUUAAACUAAA